AUGGGUGACGAAGAAAAGCACCCCGCCGACGUUGGUGUGUCGGUUGGCGAGGAGUCGGACUCUGCGUCUGAGCGGCAGCGGAGUACCAACAUCCCGACGAGCAUGAAGAUUCUUUCUGUCAUUCUCGUCAGUUUGGUUGGCUUUGGCUCUCACUGGAGCAGCGGAGUGACGGGAGCCAUGAAGAGCACUCUGAAAAAGGAGCUGCAUAUCAACAACGCCCAGUAUGCAACGCUGGAUGCGAGCGAGAACUUCAUCAAGACAGCCCUGAUCCUUGUCAGUGGCGUUGUUACAGAUCGAAUUGGUGGUGCAAGAGCAAUGCUUUGGGGCAACGCCAUCUACAGCGUCGGAGCCAUUCUCAUUGCAGCGGCCACCCAGGUCCGCAAUUUCAAGUUCAUGAUCUUUGGAAGUGUUAUUCAGGCACUUGGCGAUGUCGCUACGCAGUGCGCUCAGUACAAGGUCUUCUCAUCCUGGUUCGCCCCCUCAAACGGAUUUGCUUCAACUCUUGGCUUUGAGCUGGGCCUUGGCAAAAUCGGCAGCUUCGUCGGCCAGGCAUCUGCCAACGUCAUCGCAAAGAACACUGGAAAUUUCAGCUGGGUGUACUGGUGUGCCGUCUUCAUUAACCUCUUCACGAACGUGGUUACGGUCUUCUUCUACAUCUUUACUAAUUACUGCGAGCGACGGUAUGCCGGCACCAACGAUCCGGCAACCGGCGAAAGGUUGACGGAGAAGAACAAAAAGUUCGAAAUCACCAAGAUGCUGCGGCUCCCUUGGCCAUUUUGGCUCGUUGCCUUGUUUUCUCUCUUCCAGACGUCCGUUGCCAGCGUCUUCUCCUCCAAUGCGACUGAGCUUGCUCAGAAGCGAUUCAACAUCUCAGCCGUCACUGCAGGCUGGUAUUCGGCCAUGUCCCAGUACCUUGGGUUUUUCUUGGUGCCUAUUUUGGGCAUCUUCAUUGAUAUACUAGGUCAGCGGAACACUAUCAUGUUGGUCUGCGGUCUUGGUAUGCUACUUUCUAUGUGUCUUGCCGCUUUUGGCCCUACCAUUGGAGGAACCGCAGCCAGUUUCGGCAUCUAUGCGUUUGCAGCUUCACUCGGCCCUACGGUCAUUAUUGACAGCAUCCGCACCAGUAUGUGGUAUCAGGAGGUUUUCGGGUCUGGCUAUGCUAUCAAAAUUGCUAUCAACAACAGCAUGACAAUCAUCAUCGGUAUCGUGGCAGGCGUUAUCCAAGACCGCGACAAUGACAGCUACAACCAUGUCAUCAUCCUCUACGUCGUCCUCGCAGCAGGCGCUGUCGUAGUAGGCGCGAUAAUGGUUGGCCUUAGCUUUUUCAAUCCUACAAUAGGCAGGCUACAGUGGACACGAAAGCAGAGAAUCAUCAGAGGUGAAAAGAUUAAUGCCCUCAAGGAGGACUUUGAAGAAGGAAGAAACCGAGAGUUUCAGAAGAAGUUUAGCAUAGCCUGCUUCACUGCUACAAUAGUUCUAUUAUUGGGAGCAUGGGCAACGUACUUUUGGGGAGUGGCUACAGGCCACAACAACUAG